AUGUAAAACAAUUCACCCGUAAAAGGACGAAGAAUUUCAAAUCAAAUCAAGUUGAGUGGGAAAUUGAUGAAAAAGAAAAUGGCUUCUGAAGUGGACAUUAUUGGUCCAUCGGAUUAGGAUACAAGUGCAGUUGAGCCAAUUCAAAUAGUUUAGUAUGACAACUUGAAAUCCCACAUUAAGUAAUCUUAAAGUGAACUCAAAGUUGGCAAGAGCACUGAUAAAAUAAAGAAAAAGAAAUCUUUAGAUCGCAAUGCGGCCAUAAAAAAGAGUCAAUAAUUGUAUUAAAAGAAGAAGAAAUCCUCUAAGAUUAAAAAGAGUGUGAGUGCUGAGCGAGUUCAAAGUUAGACCGUUGAGUUUUCAUCUCCAGAAUAUGUUCGCCGUAAAAAGGCAGCCACAUUCUUCAAUGAUAAACCAAGCUCCAUUUAAGAACAUCGUGAUAGGCUCGGUUUGAGCUUUCUAAAUAAAAUUGGAACCAGGAGAAUUGACCAAAUUCUUGAGCGUAUAUUUUGUUGCUAUAUUUGUGUGUAGGCAACCGUAUGUCAUCCAUUGAACACUCACAUCACCAGCCACUCACACCCGAAAGACAUCAAUAUCCGCAACAAUUGAAACACUAUAUGAAAGAAAAGAAAAAGUUUUACUCCUAACUUGAAUCUGUCAAAUAAUAGUCCUUCGCUGAAAAACGUAAGCACAUCGAUGAGAAUCUACGAUCUCUGGCUGAAAUCGCAAAACGCAAUUCCUUAUCCAAUAGUAGAUCCCCUCCAAGAGAUACUUCCAACAAAGCAAGUGCCAAACCCUUGAUGCUGAGUUAUGUAGCAAAUCGCAAAAGUACAUCUAGAAAAUCUGGAGGGCCAAAGUCAUUAAAAGAAUAAUUCAAGCAAUUAGAAGCUCGUUACAAAACUUUGAAAAGUAAUAGUGAUGGUAUUUCAAUGAGAGAAUCUAGGAAUUAUGAAUAGGAAAUGAAGGAUCAGGCUGCAAUCUGUAUUUAAAGAUGGUUUAGAGGACACAAGAUUCGAAGGAUAUCAAAACAGAAAAAAGAUAAAAAAAAUUUUAAAUUAUAACAGUUGUAGAAACUCAAAAAUUAAGAAAUUACUCGAUGGGGUAAUCUUAAGGAAUUCUUAGAAAAAUUGUAAGUAAAACAAGACAUGAUUGUUUUAUCUGAUUUAAUUGACAGUUUGAUAAAGCAUACUGAAUUCAAUAAAUUAAACGUGUUUACAGAAAACUUUGAAAUGCCCUAGGUUAAAUUAAAGCCUUCUAAAUUGAUUGUGGAGAGGAGGGAUGUUUUUCCAACUUAAAUUGGUUAGAUCUUAUAACUUCGAGGGUAAUUGAUAAAGGAAAGAGAAUAAAGAGAAAAGAAUAUACUGAAGGAUCUGUUGAUUCAAGAGAGGAUAUCACCUCGUUCAUUCGGAGUAAAGGAAUAAGAGAUCGUGAAGUGGGGGGAAAAGGAACUUGAACUGUUGGAACACAACAAAUAAGCGAUAAAAGAAGGGUGGUAGAAAGCCUAUGAUACUAUUCAGAAAACGUAGAAGGAUCUGAAAUUUGUGCAAAAGUUAGGUGUGGAUAAUUUCAAUAAAAUGAUGCCUCUAAGUUUAAGUCAAAGCAAUCUAUUGAAAAAUCAACUUAAUGAUUUGAAGAUCAAUGUAUUUAUAUUUUUCAUAGACAUUUAGCUUUUGAGAGUGAGUUAUUCUGAAGAGAACUUGCUUGAACCACAAAAGAAAGUACAUUAGUAAGAGUAGGAAUAACAAUUAGUGUCAUACAAUUCGAAUCAAUCAAACAAGACUCUUUCUUCUUACAUUCAAGGAUUAGAAGUAAUAAUUUAUUUAAGUAAGGGAUGUUCCAUUGGAAAUGGAAGAGUAAGGAUAGAUAGAAAAUUUAUAGUAUGUUUAGACUCACGUUGGAUAUAUUCGUUAAUAUUUGGAAGACAUUAAAUUAAUAGUUCGAAAUCAUUAUCAGGAUCAGUUUUUGCAAAUUGUAAAUUUGGGUAUUGGUCCUUCUCCUUUCGAAAUCUUGAGGUUCUUUCGAUUGACUGAA